ACCCGCCCGCCCUCGCCCUCGCGCCCCCAAUCCCGAUCCGGUCGGUGCCUACCCCCGCUGCCCCGAGGCGGGGCGCGUCGGCGCGUCGCGAACCAACCACGGAACCAGACCGACCGAACCAAUCAAUCCGGCGAGUGGAGUGGGUGCGGUGCCGGUGCGGUGCGGGCGGCAUGGCGACCACGCGCGGCGGCGGAUCGGCGGCGAGGGUGGGCGACGGGGACGUCGACCUGGGCGAGGGCUGGGACUGGCGCUCCGUCCCGCGGCUCCUCUCCUCCGCCUGCCUCUUCCUCUGCUCCGGAGGCUGUUUUGGAUGCUGUGAUAAGGCUGUAAAGCAACUGGGUGAGCUGUCCAGGAACUUAAUUACCCAUGACCAAAUUCCCAUACCAGAGCCAUUUUGGAGUACAACCACCAUCGAAGUUGAACCAUCAGAUCUCAGGGCAAAUUCUUCAAUCAGCAUAUCCAAUUGGGGCUUUGAUCAGCAUGGAACUGGAAGCAGCCAUAACCUUCCUGAACUUGGUAAUUAUGGACGCAUCCUUUGGGAACAGACUCGGCAGGAGUGGACUGAAAUUAGAAGUCUACGGCCGAAGGUGAAGCAAGUCCGGGAACCAGUGUUGAGUUGGAAUGCAGCAUAUGAGAGUCUGCUUGGAUCAAAUAAGCCGUUUUCUCAACCCAUUCCUCUUCACGAGAUGGUCGAUUUCCUUGUGGACAUCUGGGAGCAAGAGGGGCUGUAUGACUAGCACGAAUUCUUUCGUAGGGAUAACAUGUAGUUGUUCCUCAAGAAAGGAUAAAGAAUGACAUAGGUUUAGGCUUGAGAUGAGAUAAUGAUGGUUUGGCCUGUCAUACAUGUUUUUGUUCAUGGAGGCCUGUUGUACUUGCUGAUCACACAGUUGUGGUGGUAGUUGGUAAGUUUGUAAUGUUAGAGAAGUCCUGAUAGCCGCUUUGUCGAAUUUGUCAAAGAAAGCGAUGAAGAAAGGUGUGACAUUGAGUUGUGGACAAAAGUGUGAUUUGUAUUGAUUAAGAAAGCAUUAACACCGAUGUCUUUCGGUUGUAGAUGGUUGGAUUAUUCUGAGGGGCAAGGAGUCAUGUAUUGUCAGUGUCCUUUUCGUGGUGAUGCAGCUACCUCGACUGAUGCGAUUCUGAACUGUUGUAUUUCGUUUGGUUCUGUAAUGUGAAGUGGCUGUAACUUGUGAGGAACGAGCUCACUUGGUGAUCAUAAAAACGAUAAGGUUUUAUGCUA